UCAGUGAUUCAAAAGUGUCAUCAGUUGUUUACUUGUUGUAUCACAGUGACUCGUUCCGACAGCAGUGUGUGUUUAGUUCAGCUGCACAUAGCAGCUUCCAAAAUAACGUAUUUCGUAUAUUAAUAUGUUUGAUUGAUUUUUAUUUAAUGUACAUAUUCUGUUUAAGUCAUUUAUUAUUGUUGGGCCUAUAUUGAAUGGCUUUCAGUGGGUUAGCUCUCAGCUAGCGCUAACCUACCCAGCGCUCCUCAAAAUCAACCGAUUCAGUUCGUCAAAAAACAAAACAAUUCUGAAACAUGUCGUGUACGUGUGCUUUAGCAGCGAGAAAACUCAUAAAUUCUGCUCAUAAAGGAAUAUCUGGCUCCAGAGUCCAGUUCUUGUCACUGAGCCUCCCGGGAGCUCGUGAGGUUCGUCUGGCACGCCGUAUACCCGUCAGGUCAUUCUCCGAGACUUCUGUGUACUUUGCUUCAAAAGAUGGGAUGAAAGAUGGAGAUGGUGGAAAGAAAUCUGUUGGUGAAGGAAGUGGAAAGAGAUCCAGCUCAAAUAAUUCUGGUAAAGGAGGAAGUCAGCUGAGAUGCCCUAAAUGUGGAGAUCCUUGCACACAUGUAGAAACAUUUGUUUCAUCAACUCGCUUUGUGAAAUGUGAAAAAAUGCCAUCACUUUUUCGUGGUGCUUUCCGAAACGGACACUAAGAAGAGUUUGAGUAAAGACCCAGAAUCCGCAGCAGAAGCUGUCAAGAUGGCUUUCCAACAGAAACCCCCUCCA